CAAAAAGUGUAAUCGGUGGUCGUGUUCGUACGGUGCGGAGAACGGUACUUGGAUGACCCAGGGACACGUACAGGGGAACUUUGUUGCACGGAGCUGCAACUACUGUUUAGCGAAGAGUACAGCACAGUCGUUGAGAUUUCGCGAGUUGGGUUGGACGUAACAACAGAUCCGGACGGGAGUGCCAGUGAAUGAAAAUUGCCGUCACCGCAGAAAAGCAACAAGGCCACCCCGAAAAUCCUUUCACUUCGAUCCGAUUCCACUCAUUGGGAGUCUCAUUUGGCUGACAAAGAGGAAUUUGAAACACCGCUAGUCGGAGAACACAGGUAGUGGAACCAUUUUAGUAUACAAGUGAAGUGGCUAUCUUGAAGUCUAAUCGAUUGCGAUUACCGAAUCAAUGGUCUGACGGUGAGGCAGGAAGGAGCUGCUCCCAUUUUCUAAAGUGUGUGCGUAUUCUUGUUUUGUUCUGGCCACUGUGAGUUAUUAUCAGUAUUAUCAGUUCCCCGAUCCCUCCCCGAUGUGAGGACAAGUGAAACAAAGAAGGUGGAAUUAUUUGGCUGAGGUGGCUUCAAGCUUUGGGUUCAAUUCGUUCUUGUUUAGUGCUUGACCCUGAAAGUUUUCUGAAGAGGCAAGGAAGGGGAUAAGUUUGUCUGAAAGUGCAUGCCGUAAUCAUCCUCAGAGGAGCCCCGAAGUACAGAACGGGAAUCGAGACGGGUCAAAGACAGACACGGAGUCGACGGAGCCAGGUCAACUUUUCAUCCAAAGGAGACGAAAGAAAUAAGAGUCGUUUGCCAUGGACCAUUCGGAGCAUCAUGACUACAGCCACCAAAUGAAUCACUCAUCGGAUGCCGACAUGAUGCACCACGGGCACGAGGGCCACCACGGUUCCAUGGAGCACAGUUUGCAGGAUCACACGAUGGAUCAAGGCGCCUCGGCGCACGCAGCAGCGGGACAUUCCGGGCACGCAGGCAUGGUGCAUCACAUGAUGUCUAUGGCGUUCCACGGUGGCUACAACGAAACCAUUCUGUUCGAACAGUGGAAAAUCGACAGCCUCUCCGGGCUUCUGUGGUCCAUGCUGUUGAUAUUCAUUAUGGCCGCCCUGUACGAAGGUCUCAAAUACUACCGGGAGCACCUGUUCUGGAAGACCUACAACGCGCUGCAGUACCGGCCCGUUACAGUGACAGAGAAAAGCCCCGGCAAUGGGAACGUUGCCAACAACAACGGACUUGCUGCGAAUGGCAGCGGUGACGAAGCUUCCCGAGUGGUCCACAUGGUCGGCGAAGUGAUCCACAAGCAACCCAGGCCCACGAUGCUCUCGACGAUGCACCUGUUCCAGACGUUCCUGCACAUUCUCCAGGUGACCCUGAGCUUCCUGUUGAUGUUAAUCUUCAUGACGUACAACACGUGGCUGUGCAUCGCCGUUGUGUUGGGUGCCGCUCUCGGAUAUUUCCUGUUCGGGUGGAAAAAGUCGGUAAUCGUUGACGUCACCGAGCACUGCCACUAGCGGCCCCGGCGGCCCAAAGCGGAAGCCACCCUACAUCGCCGAACGACACCGGCAUCCGAUGCGAUAGCACUGUUCUAAAACCAUUGUCUUCGUCAACAAGAUAUCGGCACAGAGAGGUGGGCGGCUAGCUUGUACCUAGAGGGGAUGACUGAGAGAGAAUUUGGUCGUACAGAGGCGUGCAAGGUGUGUGCAAACGGAAACUCAUAAAAAACACUUUUUUACAUUGAUUAUUAGUAAGAUUUAGUGCUGAUAAAAGACUUUAAGGAGCGUUCAAGUUUUAGCCGGCUUGGUCCAGAUAGGAAGUUUGAUUUCCAGUUUUUCUUUUGUUUUUAUAUUAAUAGCUAUUAUACGAAUAGAUGAUUCUCAGACUAAACAAAAACAGAACAAACAUAUUAUGCCAAGGGAAGCAACAAGUACAUUGGUAUAGGCACCGUUAAAAUAUGUUGCGAGCCAUCUGUAAAUGGCCUCAAAAUUGUAUCAUACGUGUAAAAUCAAAAGCAAGCAACAGCUCAAUGUAACAGCUUAACUGUGAGAAUAAAAAAACAGGGUGUUUUGAAACAAUUAACACCCGAAUUUGGAAUUGUGUUGUGGCUGUUCGACGAACACGGGCAAGAAAAUCACGAAUUUUGUAAAAACAUACCUUUUAGUCAGUAAGAAAACAGAAUAUAUAAUAUUUUAUCCAUAGGCUAGUACGGUUACCUAUGCAGAAA